CAGCCCUUGGAGCGGGGGAUUGAACAGAGCGGCUGGAGCGGAGCCGCGGCCAGUCGGACCGGAGCUGACGGAGCAGCAGUACCGGGACCAGGGCUGAGGGGACACGGACACGGCGCCCGGAAGCUUCCCCCCCAGACAUGAGGAGCCCCCGGGGCCGCAGCUGAGGAGCCAGCAGCCAUGACGGACAGAGAGGGACCCCCCGUGGCCCCGGGCCAGGCCUACAUCGAGGUGGAGUACGACUACGAGUACAAGGCCAAGGACAAGACGGUGAGCAUCCGCCAGGGCGAGUGCUACGUGCUGGUGAAGAAGACCAACGAGGACUGGUGGCAGGUGCGGCGGGACGAGUCCACCAAGGCCUUCUACGUGCCGGCGCAGUACGUGAGGGAGGUGCGGCGGGCCCUCAUGCCCCCCCAGAAACCCGCCGUCAGGGCCAAGCCCACCGUUCUGGAUAUCUGCCGGGAGUCCAACGAGAACCACAACCGGCCCCCGCUGGAAAUGUCCAGCUUCGGCCGGCCCUCGCCGUCCUCGACGCCCUCGCCCUCUUCGGAUCGCGUCACCCCGCCGGCGCUGGGCAAGGACGCCAACCACAACCUGGGGAGUCCCCAUCACUGCAAGCUGGUGGCGGAGUUGGUUCUCCUCCACAACAACAACAACCACCAGCACCACCUCACCAAAAACUCCUCGCUGCCUCGAACGCGGGCCGACUCGCCGCCGCUCUUGGUGGAGAAUAAUCACGGGACCACGGAUGGGGACAAGGGCUGCAGUCCGGGCGAUGUGCCGGGCGAGGCGCCAGGCGAGGUGCCGGACGAGAAGCCGAGCGAGAAGCCGAGCGAGAAGCCGAGCGAGAAGCCGAGCAAGCUCCGCAACGACUCGGAAUCGGGGGACGAGCUGAGCAGCAGCUCCACGGAGCACAUGCAGACCACGUCCCCCACCGGGCAGGGCCAGCGCUCCGACUCUCCCGUCUACACCAACCUGCAGGAGCUGAAGAUCUCCCAGUCCAGCCUGCCGCCCGUGCCCUCGGGCUCGCCGCUGCACGUGCUGGGCGACUGGCAGACCCACAAGGACCUGAGCGGCCGGCACUUCUACUACAACCGGGCCACCGGGGAGAGGACCUGGAAGCCGCCGCGCACCCGGGACGCCGGCGGCAGCGUCAGCAGCCUCCGGGGGGACAGCCAGGGCACGGCGGAGAGCGAGCCCCCGUCCUCGGAGGACAACUGCCACAGCACCCACUCCAGCCAGUCGGACAGCCAGUACGGGUCUCCCCCCCGGGGCUGGUCGGAGGAGCUGGACGAGCACGGACACACACUCUACGUGUGCGAGUACACGCAGGAGAAGUGGAUAAAACACGUGGACGAACAGGGACGGCCGUACUACUACAGCUCUGACGGGUCCCGGUCCGAGUGGGAGCUGCCAAAGUACAACGUCUCCCCUCAGCCCAGCGAGCUUCCCAAGAGCCGCAGCCUGGAGAGGAAGCAGCAGGACCCCAUCGUGCUCACCAAGUGGAGGCACAGCACCUACGUCCUGGACCUCAACGACAAGGAGUGUGCUUCGGCGCCCAAGCAGAGCCCUCCAGACUCUGACUCCUGCCCCUCAUCUCCUAAACUCCCCUCCACCCCCUCAGAGAAGUGCGGCGUCCUCAAUGUCACCAAAACCACAGAGAACGGGAAGAAAGUCAGGAAGAACUGGACCUCCUCAUGGACCGUCCUGCAGGGCUCCUCACUCCUGUUUGCCAAGGGCCAGGGGGGCAGCACCACCUGGUCAUACUACCGCAGCGGCUCCAUCCCCGAGCUGCUCCUCACUCUGCUGAGCAGCUGGAAGCUCUCAGUCAAGCCUCGCCCUGCUGUCUCCUAUGUGAACUGUCACAGGCCGUCACAGGCUGCCGCUAAGUUUGGCAGCAACCAGUCCAAGCCGGAGUUCACGGUGGAUCUGAGGGGGGCCUCGCUGGACUGGGCCUCCAAGGACAAGUCCAGCAAGAAGCACGUCAUCGAGCUGAAGACGCGUCAGGGCACGGAGCUGCUGAUCCAGUCGGAGAUCGACAGCGUCAUCAACGACUGGUACCGGACCCUGACGGAGACCAUCAACACACACGCGUGGGAGUCUGACGAGGCCAUCGAGGAGGACCUGCCCGAGUCUCCCGGAGCAGAGAAGCAGGACCGGGAGAAGGACUGCCGGGACAGGAAGAGCAGAGCCAUGAAGACCUCGGUCAGCAUGGACUCGUCGGACCAGAAGAAGACCCGGCUCAAGCUCAAGAAGUUCCUGACCAGGCGGCCCACGUACCAGGCGGUCCGGGACAAGGGCUACAUCAAAGACCAGGUGUUCGGCUGCAGCCUGACCAGCCUGUGCCAGAGGGAGAACACAUCCGUGCCCAACUUUGUCAAAAUGUGCAUCGACCACGUGGAGAACACAGGUCUGGGCAUCGACGGCCUGUACCGAGUGAGCGGGAACCUGGCAGUGAUCCAAAAGCUCCGCUUCGCCGUCAACCACGACGAGAGGGUGGACCUGGAGGACAGUAAGUGGGAGGACAUCCACGUCACCACCGGAGCUCUCAAGAUGUUCUUCAGGGAGCUGCCCGAGCCGCUCUUCUCCUACGGCUCCUUCAGCGACUUCGUAGACGCCAUCAAGUGCUCCGACUACAAGCAGCGGCUCAACUCCAUCAAGGACCUGAUCAGGAAGCUUCCCAAACCCAACCACGACACAAUGCAGGCCCUGUUCAGGCACCUGCGGCGGGUGGUGGAGCGCGGCGAGGCCAACCGCAUGACGACCCAGAGCGUGGCCAUCGUGUUCGGGCCCACGCUGCUGCGGCCCGAGACGGAGACGGGCAACAUGGCCGUGCACAUGGUGUACCAGAACCAGAUCGUGGAGCUGAUCCUGCUGGAGUACGAGGCCGUGUUCGGCAGGUAGAGCCGGCGCCGCAGGCGUCUCCGGUUCCCCCGCACGGCUGAACUGAACUUUGCUGUGGACCAAGCCGGCCGGAGGAACCGGAGCCCGGAGGAACCGGAGGAACCGGAGGAACCGGAGGAACCGGAGGAACCGGAACACAGACUCCUCCAGGACCGGACUGACGUUUACAGAGUGAUGCACUUACAAGCUUGAUGAGUUUAGGGAGACUCUCCCACCUUUUCAGCCCCAGACAUGGACCCUUGUUGUUUUCAGAGUGUUGCCGUGACGACGGGCAGGCGUCCGUUUGCACGUCCGCGUGCUUGUGGUGAGUGUUGAGUAUUCAGGAGUUUUCACAUACACUGGAUCCCUGUGGCCAGUAGCUCAGACCCGGAGCUGGAACCGGGUCCUGGUCCCGGGGGCCUCUCCAUCCCGACCCGGAGCCUCUCUGGACCCGUCAACCUGGCCGCGCUAACAUCAGCUUUCUAAUGAGCCGGAGAUAAGAAUCCGUGUUACCAGACGUGACUUCUGCACUUGAAGGAAGUGGAGUUUCUCCCCCAUUAACCCCAUUAACCAGUGUUAACGACCCGGGCCUGGGUGGGACGUGAACCCCAGGACCCCCCCCGUGUCCCAGCAGAACCACCCCGGUUCCUCACCUCGUCCAAACUGUGUGUCGUGCUUUAAGUUUCCCUGGAGCUGCUGGGGGGGGCCCGACCCGUGCUACCACUGCACAUGAACUGCAGCUCAUCCUGGUACCGGGCUGGUACUCAAAAUCUUACCAGGAAUGUUUGUCUUAUUUCUAGUUAAAAUGUCUCAUUUUUUGUCAAAAAAAUGUCAUUACACUUAAAACAAGACUCAUUACUAGAGAAAUAGUUUACUAUUUGACAAUUCUCA